AUGAAUAAUUCAUUAUAUCGAUUUAUGUCUGUACCCACUAAUGAAAAUUAUUUAUCUAUACCAACACUCGUACAUCGACCAUCAAGUCGAAUAUCAAUGCAAACAAAUAAUUACGAUAUAGAUGAUGAUUUUAAUUCACCAUCAAAUCAUUGUAAAUCAUUGAAAUAUUUUUACCAUCCAUUUCAAUCACAUAUUUAUAAUUUUCUUGAACGACCAUGUGGUAUAUAUAGUUUUUUAUAUCAUUUUACUGUAUUUAGUAUUGUUAUUGGUUGUCUUGUUUACAGUUCAAUAUUAACUGUUUAUAUUGAACAAUCAUAUUCAAUAUUAUUUUGGAUGGAAUUUAUACUUUUUAUUUUAUUUCUUAUUGAAUAUAUUGUUCGUGUAUGGUCAUCUGGUUGUCGAAAUAAAUAUCAUGGUUAUCAUGGUCGUUUAUUAUUUAUGUGUAAAUUAAUGUGUAUUAUUGAUUUAUGUGUUAUUAUUGGUUAUGGUAUAUUAUUAUUUUUAGGUUUAAAUAAUACACAAUUUAAUGUACAACUUAUAAGAUAUGUUAGAAUUUUACAAAUACUUCGAUUUCUUCAUGUUGAUCGACGUCUUACAUCAUGGCGUUUACUUGGUUCUGUUAUAUAUGAUCAUCGUUAUGAAUUAGUUGCUACACUUUAUUUUUGUUUUAUUUUUUUAAUUGUUAUUGCUUAUUUAAUAUGGUUAGUUGAAAAAGAUGUAAGUAAACCAUCUAAUGAAGAUAUGUUUCAUAGUUUUGCUGAUACACUUUGGUGGGCUAUUGUGACAAUGACAACAAUUGGAUAUGGUGAUAAAUAUCCUCGUACAUAUAUUGGUAAAAUGAUAACAUCCUGUUUAUGUAUUUGUGGUGUAGCCUUUUGGACAUUACCAUCGGGAAUUAUUGGUUCUGGUUUUGCUUUAAAAGUUCAACAAAAAAAACGUGAACAACAAUUUAAUCGUUUGAUUCCUGCUGCUGCUAAUCUAAUUCAAAAUUGGUGGCGUUUAAUUGCAUCUCGUCAUCCAAAUACAAAAGCAACAUGGCGUAUUUAUCGUAUUGAAAUAAAACGAACAAAUAAAUUCAGUCGUCAUAUUGGUUCUGAAUUUACUGUGACUACUUCAAAUAGUACAAACAGUACACCACGUAUGCGUAAUGAAUUAAAUGCUUUAUCUAGUGGUAUAUUAUUAGAUAAAAUUUCAUGGCGUAAAGUUGAUGGAAUUGAAGAUCUUGAUACCAAUCAACUUACUGCUAUACGAAUGAUACGUAUUAUUAAAUAUCAUUCAGCUAGAAGAAAAUUUCGUGAAGCACAUAAAUCAUAUGAUUUUAAAGAUAUUAUGGAUGAGAAUGUACGAGGAAAUAUAAAAGUUAUGUAUGCACUUGCUGAUAUACAACGACGUUUAGAUCAAACAUUAGUUUUAUCAAAAUCAUAUCCAAGUCUUAUAUCCGAUCAUGAACAAUUUACAUUAAAUACAAAAUUACAACGAUUAGAAAUAAAAAUAGGUGAACUUGAAAAAAAAACAAAUCAUGUUAUUUCAUUACUUGAAGAAUUAUGUCAACGUUCAAAUAAUGAAGGAACAAAUAUAACAAUGAAUUGUAUACCAGUAGUAGCCGAAGAAUUAACAUCGAGAAAAUGA